GGGGUGGCCUCCCUGGCACCCCCUGCACCACCACCAGUGGGCGCUGCCCCACCCUGCUGCCGCCCAGUUGGAAUCAUGCACCUCCUGCGCCUGGGUCUCCUGGCCUUCAGCUGCCUCUUCUGGGCAGCUGGUUUGGGCAUCUUAAGCCUGGGUGUGUGGGCACAGAUUUCACUGGCAGACUACAUGUUGCUGUCUGCCAAUCGCUACCCCAACGCCCCGGUCAUCCUUUUGUCCACAGGUGCAGCCAUCACCGCCUGGGGCUUCCUGGGUUGUCUAGGGGUGGCUGCAAAUCUCCCCUGCGUGCUCAGGGCUUACGGGUUUUUUCAACUUGCUGCACUAAUAGCCGGUUUGGCAGCUGGACUCUCAGGUCUCUUCUAUCGCGAAGACAUUGCCGGAGGAUUUCGCAGCGGUUUACAGCGAGCGGUGGCAGGCUACACGGAGGAUGAGGGCCGUGCCGAUGCAUUAGACAGCCUGCAGAGGUCCCUGGAGUGUUGUGGAGCUGAUGGUUGGCGUGACUGGCUCACUUCGGACUGGGCUAUCCAGCAUAUGACCUUCCUGCCCAACGAGAACGGCACUUCUGUGUCCCUGCCGGACAGCUGCUGCGUGAGGCGCAAGGGCUGCAAGAAUCGACCUCUUCUGUCGGAUGAUGUUGAAGGAGUAGCUGCUGCAGGAAUCCAUCCCCAUGGCUGCUUCCGCAAAGUCUUUAGUUUGGUCAACGACAACGUAUUCCACAUUGCCGCCACAGUGUUAGGAUUGGCCUUCACUCAAAUCGGAGGCAUCGCCCUGGCUUGUCUGCUGGCCAAGAAACUGGCACCAAGACAACAUCGACGUGUGGUGGCACAUUAAUGGUCAAUUAAAAAAAUUAGGCAAACCAUGCCAAGGAAUGACCAAUUAGUAGAUAAUUAGGAUUGGGAAUGAACUACG